CGUAGUUGAAUCCCAUCCAUAUACAAUGUUACUAACUUCAGUGUACUGGACGAGUCCUGUUAGUAUCGUACUUUACAUACAGUUAAUUACCUCUGCGUUAUCUUUGAGUUCAUCACCAUGUAAUGGAAAUGAUUCCGAAUCGAUGUACAAGAUAACGACGAUCAAUGGCGAAGCCAAUUGUGUACCAUGUAGCAAGUGUCCAGCUGGGUUCGGUGUAGUGACCGAAUGUCAAGGUGAACAGGACACGCAAUGUGAGAUAUGUGCAGAAGGGACGUAUUCAGCGGCAACCAGUCAAACAUCGCCAUGCAAACCGUGUACGACUUGUUCUUUUCAUCUGACUACCACGAGAAACUGUACGAGAACACGAAACGCGGAAUGUGCGAAGAAAUGUGAUUACGCAUACUUCAAAAAUGCCCUAACUGGGGAGUGUUCUCCUUGUUCGUGGUGCUUUCAAAACAAACCUGAAAUGGCACCACCUGUCAUACAGGAAUGCGUAGAUCAAGGAAUGCCACGGAAUUUCCAGUGCAUGCCAAGCGCAAAUAGAGACGAUGUACCAACGUAUAAGGAAUAUAAGAAUCACCUGGAAAGGAUUUACCAAUUUGCUGCCAAAAACCUCGCAACAGAUUUUCUGAAACAGGAUAACGUCACUGCAAUUCCUUCUUCAACCAGCAUACCAUCUCACCACCAUGUCACGAUACCCAUAGUCGUCACAUCCGGUAUCGUCGUGCUCAUCUGCUUGAUAAUAUUGAUGAUCAUCCUUAUCCAGCGAUGUAACAAAAGGCAAUCCCACAGAUAUGAAAAUAUCGACGAACGUUUCGACGAGACUGACGAUGUGGAAGGUCGGCACAAAAACGGAUACUGCAAUCUCGUCGAGCAGCAUGAAUAUUAUAAAUAUAUUCCAGCCGAAGAGGAUACAGUUGGAAGUACUGCAGUGCAAUAUGGGAAGGAAACCGACAGUAGACGGUGUGUUGAACUCAAUACUGCUACUGAAAAAACACGCAUUGUGUGA